AUGCCGAGAAAACGACGUGUUCUAUCAUUUCCUCAGAAGCUACCACCGUGCGACGGGCCAAAGCUCAAUAUCUUUCCAUAUCAUAAAUCGGGCAUUCGAUGGCUUGAGAGACUUGAUGAAGAUGACGACGUGACCUCAAGCCAAGGUUAUGUGUUCCGGGCUCUCAUUCGAGGCCGCGAGUACGCAGUAAAAGUAUUCAAGUUCUUUGACCCGAUGAGUACCGAGUACUUCUGGGGGCCACUAUUAAGCGAAGACACAUCUCUUGACACUGCUGCCUACUAUACCGAUCCGUUUUACGCAGAAUGCCGAGCAUAUGGUCGCAUAUGCGAAGCUACGGACAGGAAGAUUCUCAAAUCAGAUGUGGCUGUUGCCAGCCAUGGAUUCUUCUUCCUGGAAUCAAAAGACCAGGAAGCUUUACAGAAUCGUAAUAUUGACCUCGGACUGGAAUCGGUCGACAUCAAUUAUCAAAGGUCCACGAUCGGAGGGCUGAGAGCCAGAGCUAUCGUUAAAGACGUUGCGUCUUCAAAAAGUGGUAUCACCUCGACGAACAUGAGAAAGAUUCUAGGCAAAGUCGUUUCAAUGAACAAAGCGGGGAUAUAUAAUAUGGACAUACGUAUCGACAACUUCCGCGAUGGACGACUGGUAGACUUUGGAUCUUCUUGGACAGAGCCUCAUGCUCUUCUGUGCUCUUUGAGCUAUGAAGCCGCUAUGGAAUCAAAGUUAGCGGACCGGGUUAUGUUUGGUCAGAUGCUUGAAGAUGAAGAGCUGAAGAACCGUGGGGAGGUCAAAGCGAUCCAUCAUAUGCAGCUGAGAUCACAAGUCCAACGACAUUGA